AUGUCGACCCCCAGCUUCAGAAAAAGGAGUAUAUCUAACCUUGACCUUCUAUCGUUUACGCUGGAUAACCCUCAUUAUGACGUCCAUCAACCUAUAUACAUAGAUCCCACCAGCCCCUCCAACUCGCUCUCCCAUACCCAAUGCGUCUCACUUAUCCGUCGCCUGGUCGCGGGCUUGCUGUCGGCUGGUCUGAAGCCAGGCGACACUGUCUGCAUCCACAGCUUCAACAGCAUAUACGUGCCAGCGAUCUGCCUUGCCAUUAUUGGCGCAGGCGGCACAUUCGUGGGCACAAACCCAAGCUACACCGAAAGGGAGCUCACGAACGCACUCGACAUGGCUGAAGUCAAGUUCGUCCUCUCCGAGCCCGAAAUCGUCGGUUCGAUGGAAAAAGCAAUGACCAAGAUUGGGCUGGAUGUAGGGCAGAAGCUCUUUCUCUUGGACCAUCGUAGUGAUCAAGUCUCUCGGCCAAGAUCUCGCAGCUGGAAGGUCUUACUCCAGAAUUGUGGGCAAGACUGGAUCCGAUUCGACGAUGUGAAGCGGCAGGCCACCACAGUCGCCGGAUUCUUCUUCUCAAGCGGCACCACGGGCUCUCCCAAGUGCGCCAUGGUCACGCACCGCAACCUGGUGGCUCAGCACCAGCUGUUCUGGGAGCCAAAUCCAAGAGACUACAAGAUCCGCACAGUCCAUGUAUUCCCGAUGUAUCAUAUCGGCGUAUUCCCAACCAUCAUUGUGUCUCAGUUGAAGGAUGGGCGAGAAGCAUACAUCAUGCAGAGGUGGACACUGGAACGGUGGCUGCCUUACCACGAACGCUUCAACAUUACAGAAGUCUUUAUGGCGCCUCCGAUGGUGGUCCAGGUGGUCAUGAGCAAGAUGGUAGAUCCGGAUGCUCCCGAGUACAAGUACAGCUUAAACUCAGUAUGUGCCGGAUACAUCGGGGCCGCACCGCUCUCUUCCGACAUGCAGAAGAGGUUUCAUCAAUUACUCAAUCCUUCUGCACACCUGACACAGAUUUGGGGCAUGACAGAAACAACAUCCCACGCGACAAGUGUCUCACCCGAGAUUGCCGAGCUUAGCUGGGGAUCCAUUGGCAAGCCGUUGCCCAAUGUCGAAAUGAAGUUAAUUGACCAAGACGGAAAUGACGUGACGCAUACGGGCAGGGGUGAAGCGUGCAUCAAGGGACCGAUCGUCAUCCCCGGCUAUCUCAAAAGCGAAGAAGCGAACAGGAAGAGCUGGGACGCCAAGGGGUAUUUCAAGACUGGCGAUAUCAUACAGAUAGACCCAACAAGUGGCCUUUUAUAUGUGACUGAGCGACACAAGGAGCUGCUGAAGGUGCGAGGCUUCCAGGUUGCCCCAGCGGAGCUAGAAGGCGUCCUCACGUCGCAUCCCGACAUCACUGACGCCGCGGUGAUCGGGGUUCCAGAUGUGAGAAGCGGCGAGUUGCCAAGGGCCUAUAUCGUUUUGAGGGAAGGAUCCAGCCUGACGCCAGAUCAAAUUAAGGCGUUCGUGAAGGAUCGACUGGCGAGCUACAAGUCGUUAGAGGGGGGUGUUGCUUUUGUGCCGGAAAUCCCCAAGCUGCCCAGCGGCAAGAUAUUGAAGAGAGUCAUCCGAGAGUGGGCCGAGCAAGAACGGCAGCGAUCUACGGCGUCGAAACUUUGA